AUGGCAUUAAACAGUUUUUUUAACCUGUUUAGGCGUGGCGUAGAGCCCGCCGAGUCCAGCCAGGCCGCUUAUGAACCAAACAAGGGGAAGCUCCAAAGCCGUAUGCUCGACGUUAUCCAGCGAACCUUUGACCUUGGGUUCACCUCGUUUGGCGGCCCGCCAGUGCAUUUUAGAACUCUCCACAGGCGAUUCGUGUCGGAUGCUGGCAGAAGAGUACCAUGGGUAGAUGAACAAACGUAUCAAGAGCUCUUUGCGAUAAGUCAAGCUCUCCCUGGGCCUGGGAGCACAAAGAUGCUCUUCUGCAUAACGAUGAUACAUGCAGGCUUUCUCCCUGCGGUUGUGGCGUUUUUCCUAUGGACGAUAUUUAUUGAUAUGUUUGGGUAUCUUAUAGCCUUCCCUGGUGCUAUUGGAAUGUUCGGUCUCGCUCUUGGGGUUGCAAAGCUAGACCAGAACCUUCCGACUAUAGUGUAUGCUUUUCUCUCUGGGCUGAACGCUUCAACAGUUGGCAUCAUCGCCCUCGCUGCAGUGCAGCUGGCGGAGAAGUCUAUUCAAGAUAAAGUAACCAGAAUACUGGUUAUAUUUGGUGGAUCGGCUGGCCUGUGCUACCAAGCCAUAUGGUAUUUCCCGAUCCUUAUAUUGAUCGGUGGUUGCACGACCGCAGUAUGGGAUCUGAUCGCUCAACCAUCUAUCACAAAGUUGAAAGAUAAACUUCGUCAAAGACGCUCAAGUCCCACCAGUGAUGCUGAGGCGGGCAUUGAUCAUGUGGGGGUCCGAUUGAACCAUCCUCAUCAGUCCUUAGCACUCCAGCGCCGCCGUGUUCUAGCCGGAAGAGGGCAAGAGUCCCAGGUUGACCUUCCCCAACUUCGACGGUCAGAUAGCUCAACCAUAAUACCUGAUAGUCCAAGCACCCUCGUGGGCUCUGAGUCCAACCAACCGAUGGACACUCAAUCUCACUCCCUGCAUAUGAAAUGGGGCAUCCUGAUAAUUGUCCUCUUCCUUGCAAGUUUCAUUGCCAUACUGGUCGUGCGCCAAGGCAUGAAGAAACCCGCGCUCGAACUCGACCUUUUUUCCAACAUGUAUCUUGCCGGAACAGUGAUAUUUGGUGGUGGUCCGGUCGUUAUCCCUUUGCUUCGUGAGUAUGUUGUCGGACCUGGCUGGGUUUCUCCACGAGACUUCCUCAUCGGCUUAGCACUUAUACAGGCCUUCCCUGGGCCAAACUUCAACUUUGCCAUAUACCUAGGUGGGCUGGCAGUAGCCUCAGUGCAUUCUCCCACUAUUAUGGGCUCUGUCAUGUCUUUCGUUGCAAUUUAUGUUCCUGGCUUAGCUUUGGCUGUGGGGUUCCAAAGCUGCUGGAGUGUCCUGCGGAAGUAUCCACUAACAACAAGUUGCCUCAGGGGAAUGAACUCCGCUGCAGUUGGUCUGGUAUUCACUGCUGUAUAUCGCCUCUGGGAGAUCGGCUAUCUGAGUGCUAAUGCAUCACAGGGUCAGAGUCUGGGAAUGGAGCCCUUUUGGGUGGUCGUGGCGGCUAUAACCUAUGCUGAGAAUGCUUGGUUUAGAGUGCCCCCAGCCAUUGCCAUUGCUAGUGGAGGCAUAUUGGGUCUCUGCUGGUAUGCAGUCGUACAGCGAAAUAGUUGA